GCGAUGGUUUAGGCCGGCUGGGUAGUUCAGGCUUUGGAGUUUGAACCACUGACUUCUCCAGCCGGCAGGGGCGUGAUCCGGGGCUGCAGCGAGGGCGAGUGAAGCGCAGAGCUGAAACCAUGGUUCAACAGGUGCUCUACCGGGCGCUGGUCUCCACCAAGUGGCUGGCAGAGUCAGUCCGGUCUGGGAAGCUGGGGCCUGGCCUGCGGGUACUCGAUGGAUCCUGGUAUCCACCAGGCACCCGGGAUGCGCACAAGGAGUACCUAGAGCGCCACGUGCCUGGUGCCUCCUUCUUUGAUAUAGAGGAGUGCAAGGAUAAGUCCUCACCCUACGAGGUGAUGCUGCCCAGCCAGGAGGUCUUUGCAGACUACGUGGGCCACCUGGGCAUCAGCAAUAACACCCACGUGGUGGUGUAUGAUGGUGACGAUCUGGGAAGUUACUAUGCACCUCGGGUUUGGUGGAUGUUCCGCCUGUUCGGCCACCGCAUGGUGUCGGUGCUCAAUGGUGGCUUCAGGAACUGGAUGAAGGAGGGCCACCCCGUGACGUCUGAGCCCUCUCGGCCAGAGCCGGCAGUCUUCAAAGCCACAUUUGACCGCUCUCUGCUCAAGACCUAUGAGCAGGUGCUGGAGAACCUUGAGUCUAGGAGGUUCCAGCUGGUGGAUUCACGGCCCCAAGGGCGGUACUUGGGCACCGAGCCGGAGCCAGAUGUCGUAGGACUGGAUUCAGGCCACAUCCGAGGCUCAGUCAACAUGCCGUUCAUGGACUUCCUGACCGAGGACGGCUUCGAGAAGAGCCCAGAAACGCUCCGAGCUAUGUUCGAGGCCAAGAAGGUUGACCUCGCAAAGCCCCUCAUUGCCACGUGCCGGAAGGGCGUCACUGCCUGCCACAUUGCCCUGGCCGCCUACCUCUGUGGCAAGCCCGAUGUGGCCAUCUACGACGGCUCCUGGUUCGAGUGGUUCUACCGGGCACCGCCCGACACCAUUGUGUCCCAGUGUAAGGGCGAGAAGGCCUGAGCACUGCGCUUCCCCUCCACCCGUCCACCUGCCCAUAACCCAGCCAGGCCAGUGACUGGCGUGACCUGCGGCUCGUUCCUGCCUCUUCAGGGAGACUAACAAGGUUUAGAAUUGCUGGGUGACGCUCUCCUUCCCCCACCAACACUGGAAUAAAUGUGGCUUUCUCUGA